CAACGAAUUCAGAGCAGAAAGUUUGCAAACGAGAGUUAUGUUGCAUCUGUAAAGGUUUUCCAUGGAAGAGAUGGGGUUAUUGAUGUGAAAUCCUCAGUUUUCCGUUCACAAAGAAAAUCUGAGAAACCGCAUACAAUCAACAUGGCGGUAGGGAAAAAAUCCAUCUCUGACGCUCAUUGUUCAUGUAAAGCAGGGUAAUUAAACUUAAUUUUUACGAAGUCAUUAAAAAUGUAAAAUACUUUACUAUAAAUUAAGUUUAUUGUCAAUGCAAUCCACUAUUUCUAUAAUGAUUCAUUCGAUAUGUUUUGGAUGUUUCCAUGAUUUUUAGGGAAAUUUUUCACAGUUCAUGUUUACUGUCGCAUACCGGAAAUAACAUAAAAAUCUACCGAGUAGAUUAUAAUUUUGCGCAGAAUAAACCUAUAUUAUAUAAUUAAACGACACACACAUUUUCAGUUUUUAACGCCAGGAACAUGCUGGUAGCCUUGAUGUGAACAUUUAUAUAGCCUAUGGGUCAUAUAUCCAAGGAGAGUAAAUAAAAAAUGUGUCAGUUUAUACAGUAGGGAUUAUGAAAGGUCUUCCUUGCAUCGGAUCACAGCGUUUUCAAUUUUAAUAAACAAUUAGUUAUUAAAUGUAAAAUACUACUUAUUAAUAGGUAAUGACUCAUUAUUACUUAUGUUUUUAUGAAUUUCAGUAUGUCUGGGGAAUGUUCCCAUGUUUUAGCAGUUGUUUUAAAACUGACCGACUGGUUAACUGAAGGUUUGAUUGACAUUCCAAGCCGGCCUGCCUGUACCAGUCAACCUCAACUAUGGGAUAGGCCACGUGGUGUAAGGAUUUGUCCUGAACCACUGUGACUAUGUCAAGGUCGGGUAUAACGGGUAGAAAGAGACGGCCUCUAGUUCCAACAUUUAUUGACAAUAGAAAAAUACAAGUGCUUGACAGUGACAUAGAGCUCCUUCAGUCAAUGGAUAACACUCCUUUAGGCUAUUUGGCUAGCAAACCCUUUGGUACAACAAAUACAACUCAUGGGUCACAGCACAUCAGUAGUACACUAUCUCAUCAGCUUCCCCUGAUAAUGCCAGUAGAAGAGCCCUCAGGAGCAAGCUCUCCCUGUGCCACUGAUUGGGAGUUUCCCACCACCCCUGACAUUGGAAAUUUGGACAUUGUAAGAGACUAUCAGAGUCAUUUUGAGAAUGUUAAAGUUUCAAAACAGGAAGCUGUUUAUAUAGAAUUAAAUACCAAAGAACAAUCAGGAAGUGAACUUUGGAAAAAAGAGAGAAAACAGAGGCUAACAGCCUCUAAUUUUGGGAAAAUUAUGAACAGAAAGAGUGAUGUAAAUAAAAAGUGUGUCGACAGUAUUUUGAAUAGUAAACCAUUUAAAUCUAGUCCAACAGAGUAUGGGUUAUCAAAAGAGUCAGUAGCUUCAAUGCAAUAUAUGAAAAUGACAGGAAACCAUGUGCAUGACUGUGGAUUAAUGGUGAAUCCACUCUUCCCAUGUAUAGCUGCUACACCAGAUGGUAAAGUCUGCUGCAAUGGUCAGUCAGGCCUGUUAGAAAUAAAGUGUCCUUUCUGGUGUAGAGACUUAAAAUUAAGAGAGGCAAUGGAAAGAGAUGUUUUUGAGAAAAGAGAUUUUCACCUACAUGAAAUAAAUGGCAAUGUUCAGUUGAAAAAGGGCCAUAACUACUGGUGGCAAGUUCAAGGCCAGUUGCUUGUGUCAGGAGCAAAGUGGUGUGACUUUGUGACUUACACAAAGUGUGAUUUUUGCGUAAUAAGAGUUAAGGCGGACAAGGAGAGUAUGGAAGCAUUACUUUCAAAACUGUGCUGUGUUUACUGUAAAUUUGUACUGUAA